AUGAGUCAGCUUGAUCCAAAUAAACAUGCUGGAAUAGGUGAAGAUGAGAAAAUACCUGAUGCAGAUCUGUCAGUGAAUUCAGCUCUUGGCACAUCACGGGACACUUUAGGGAAUGUUGAUGAAGGUUUACCAGAGACGUCGCAAAAGUUUGCUCCAGGAAAUGAACCGAACUCGGAGCUUGAACCUGUUCCAGAGCCAGAACCUGAACCCGAAUUAGUGGCUGGGCCAGAACAAGAACCAGGAUCUCAAAAAAUCCCAGAUCCAGAACCUGUUCCACGGGCUGAGCAAAAGCCUGAAGCCGAGCUUGAGGGAGAAAGAAAGGUAACACCAGAACCUGUUCCAGACCAAACUCCUGAACAGGCAGAAGACCCAGCUGAAGAAAAUGAUGCUACACAACAAAAUGACACGGGUGCUUUUAAAAAAACUGAUUUUAUUAAAAAGAACCGCAGACAUUCAAAUAUAAUGAACAAUCUUGGAAGAAAUCAACAAAGAUGUUUGCGGUUAGAUUUUUAUUAA